AUGGCCGACUAUUUAGACGCCAGUAAGGGCGAUAUUGCUCCUCCCAAGGAGGAGAGACAUCCAGUGAAAUGGUACCGGUCGACAUUCUACAACAUGACCAUUCUGGGUCUCUGCAACCUCGCAGCACCUGGAAUCUGGGGAGCCAUGAACUCUCUCGGCGCAGGCGGUGCCGCCUCCCCCAAGGUCGUCAACGCCGCCAAUGCCCUGACGUUCUGCCUUAUGGUAGUCUCGUGCUACUUUUCCUCCGUCAUUGUGCAUUACAUCGGUAUCAAAGGCGCUCUCAUCUUCGGAACUAUCGGAUACGCCCCUUUCGCCGCAGGUCUUUACACCAACAACCGGUACGGCGUAGAAUGGCUCAUGCUCCUCGGCGCCGCGCUAUGCGGCAUCUCGGCCGGCGUCUUCUGGAUGGCCGAGGCCGCAAUCGCCAUCGCGUACCCCGAGCCGUGGAACAAGGGCAAGGCGCUGGGGUACUGGCUGACGUACCGCCUCUGCGGCCAGAUCCUCGGCGGCGCGAUCAACCUCGGCCUCAACGCGGACAACAACCAGGCAGGGAAGGUGUCUUACACCGUCUUCAUCGUCUUCAUCGCCAUCCAGGCCGCGGGUCCGUUUGUCGGGCUGUUCCUGAACAAGCCGGAGAAGGUGGAGAGACAGGACGGGAAGAAGGUCAGCUUGAAGAUUGUGGAGAACCCGUGGUUCGAGAUCCGGGCGACGACGAGGAGCUUCUUCACGCCGCAGUUUCUUCUUAUCGUGCUCUGGAUCGGACAGGCCGUCUUUUCCGAGGCGGUGUUCUUCACGUACCUCGCCACAUGGUUUUCGGUUCGGUCCAGAGCUCUAGGCUCUUUUCUCUCCGGUAUUGUCGCCGUCAUCUCCGGCAACCUUCUUGGUCAUUGGCUCGACCGCGCCAAAGUCUCCCUCCAAACCCGCACCCGCUCAACCUUUUGGUUCCUCGUCGUGACGCAGGGUGCGUGGUGGAUCUGGGCCACCGUCCUCGCGACGCGGUUCCGCCAGACGCGACCGACGCACGACUGGGCCGACGACAGCUUCGGCUCCGCCUUUGCCGUGUACAUCUUCCUCACCAUCGGCUUCCAGCUGAACUACCUCUUCCUCUACUUUAUCGUGACGAACCUCGCAAAGGGCGAGGAGGAGGUCAUCCGCUACGCGGCUCUUCUGCGUGGCACCGAGUCCGCGUGGCAGGCUGUCAGUUACGGUCUUACAUCACUGACGCUGUUUGGCGAGGUGGGCGCCAUUUACUUCAACUUUGCGCUCUGGGCCGUCGCGAUUGGGCCUGCGUGGUUGGUGCUGCGGCACUUUGGGACCGGGGCUACGGAACAUAUCGAGGAGGUUAGUGGUGUUGUGUCGAGUGAGGACGGGGAGUCCCAGACGAAGCAUUAG